CAUCGUUCAGAGGUAUUGGAGAAGGUCUUAGUAGCAGUAAAUGGACUCACAUCCUCUUGGCUGCACAGGUUCGAGAGGCUUUGAGGAAAGCGGAGAAGGAGUUAGAAUCACACAGCUCAUGGUAUGCUCCAGAGGCCCUUCAGAAGUGGCUGCAGCUGACACAUGAGGUGGAGGUGCAGUACUACAACAUCAAGAAGCAAAAUGCUGAGAAGCAGCUACUGGUGGCCAAGGAAGGGGCUGAAAAGAUAAAAAAGAAGAGAAACACACUCUUUGGCACCUUCCAUGUGGCCCACAGCUCUUCCCUGGAUGAUGUGGAUCACAAAAUCCUAACGGCUAAGCAAGCACUGAGUGAGGUGACAGCAGCUCUGCGGGAGCGCCUACACCGCUGGCAACAGAUUGAGAUCCUCUGUGGCUUCCAGAUUGUCAAUAACCCUGGCAUCCACUCACUAGUGGCUGCCCUCAACAUAGACCCCAGCUGGAUGGGCAGUACACGCCCCAACCCCGCCCACUUCAUCAUGACUGACGACGUGGAUGAUAUGGACGAGGAGAUUGUGUCUCCCUUGUCCAUGCAGUAUGCUGCCUGGCUGAUGGGGCGUAGGUUCAGUGACCGCUCUCUCUGCUCAACAUCCGCCGGCUCGGAUGAUCAGUCCCUCUGGAAAUACCCGGCCCCCAGCCUGCAGAGCAGUGUCCGGCAGCGCCUCACGGAGCCACAGCAUGGCCUGGGAUCUCAGAGGGAUUUGACCAAUUCUGAUUCGGAGUCCUCCCUCCACAUGAGUGACCGCCAACGUAUGGCCCCCAAACCUCCUCAGAUGAGCCGUGUUGCAGACGAGGCUUUCAGUGCCAUGACUUCCAAUGGCAGCCACCGGCUGACUGAGGGGGUCCACCCAGGGUCUCUGGUGGAGAAACUGCCUGAUAGCCCUGCCCUGGCCAAGAAGGCAUUACUGGCUCUGAACCAUGGGCUGGACAAGGCCCACAGCCUGAUGGAGCUGAGCCCCUUAGCCCCACCUGGUGGCUCACCACCUUUGGAUUCUUCCCAUUCUUAUAGCCCCAGUUCCCCAGACCCAGACACACCAUCUCCAACUGGGGACAGCCGAGCCCUGCAGGCCAGCCGAAACACACGCAUUCCCCACCUGGCUGGCAAGAAGGCUGUGGCUGAGGAGGAUAAUAGCUCUAUUGGUGAGGAGACAGACUCCAGCCCAGGUCGGAAGAAGUUUCCACUCAAAAUCUUUAAGAAGCCUCUUAAGAAGUAGGCAGGAUGGGGGUGGCAGUGGUGGGACAGCUUGUCCUUCCCUGGGUCUUCUGCAUCCCCUCCCUUCCCUUGCUUCAAGACCUCUUGCCCCUAGAGUGGGGCAUGGGAGGGGCUGGCCCAGGGGCCUAGGACUGUACAUACCUGCCUCCCUCAUCCUUGGGUCUUUCAUCAUUAUUUAUUAACUGACCACCAUGGUCUGCCUGCCCUGCCUCCCUCCCAACCAUGGGCUGCUGCUCUCACUUCCUCUCCACUUCAGUGCAUGUCUUAGUUGCUGUCCCCUCAGCUCCCAGCUCCACCUCUAGGGUCCAGCUUCUGUCUCUGCUGUCCCAGUUUUGAGGUUUGGUUUCUAGUUUCUGUCUCCUGCUUUCAGACUCCUCCCUCUCACCACUCACCAGCUUUCUUGCAGUUGCAGGGAAGAUAGGAGGAGUAACUUGUGACACCUGUGCCUCAGAUCUGUUCCACCCCACCCACAAUGGUUCUGUUUGCCCUAGACUGGGGCCUAAAGCCUAAUCUUUGGAGUUUGUUCUUUGGGAGUGUCAUGGUCCAGAGAGAACCUCAUCCUAGAGCUCACUCAGGCCUCCAGAGGCCAUAAGGAGUGAAACAAAUCCCCAGACAAUAAGCUACCAGAGAGUUUUGAAGAGAAGCUAGGUGUGGGGAUGGAUGGGAGAGACCUUUUUUAGUUGGAGCCAGAGCUAUGGGCUAUAAGGCAGUUGCCUUCUCUCUUCUCCCACCCACACCUGCCUCCCUCUUACCCCUGCUCCCCCACACUUCAGGAGGGAUUGUCUCUAAGAGGUGCUGCCCCAGAGCUCCUCAAGCAUCAAUACUCCUGGGGCUCAGGACAAUUGGCUCCCCUGGCCAUGGGAGUCACAGCCAUGAUAGAGGGCUUUCAUGGGCUUUGGAGCUGUUGGGCAAGGAUGUUGUCAUAUUUUAAACCAAAAGACAAAACAAAAGUAAAAAAAGAAAUCUCCUGAAUUUCCCAAGUGCCUACACUGCAUACUUCCCUUAUCUGACCCCAUUUUUAUGUUACUUCAUAGCCUGGGCCAGAGGCUCAAAAAGGACACAACUGGUUUGGGGAAGGGGUGGCUAAAGAAGAUGGUAUAGGUCAAGGCGGCUGUGUGACCACUUCCCACAACUCUUCCCACCCUCUAGAUAACUCACUCCUUUACCUGUUUUUGCUAUGGCUAUAAAGGUAUUUUCUCUCUGUCCCAUUCCCUUCCAUACCUUUAUCCUGGGAUCCUAUUUUGGGCCUGAGGUGGGUGUACCUGGGGCUGGUCUUAGGAGGAUGCUAGGCUGCAGACUGCCUUGUACCCCCUGGACACCCUCACAUGGGUUUUUCUGUGUUACUUCAUAAGACUUUGAAGUCCAAUAAAGCAUGUAGGAGAUUUUAACCUUU